CAUGCAUUCACAUCAUCUUAAGAUAAAAAAUCCGGUCGUUACUGAUUGUAAACCAUGAAGAAAUCUUGCAACUUUCUUUUUUAUUUUCAAGUUUUAACUUUCUUGAUCUUGUUUAUAGCUGUGGAUUCUCAGCUAACAACUGAUUUCUACUCUAAAACAUGUCCAAAUGUCCUUAAGGUUGUUCGUAAAGAAGUUCAGAAUGCUAUCAAGAAUGAAAUGAGAAUGGCUGCUUCUUUGCUUCGUCUUCAUUUCCACGAUUGCUUCGUUAGUGGUUGUGAUGCAUCACUAUUAUUGGAUGGAAAUAGUACGACAAGUGAGAAGUUCACACCAGCCAACUUGAACUCAGCAAGGGGUUUUGAAGUCAUAGACAAUAUUAAAACUGCUGUCGAAAAUGCAUGCAGUGGAGUUGUUUCUUGUGCUGAUAUUUUAGCUAUUGCUGCAAGAGAUUCAGUUCUACUGAGUGGAGGGCCAUUUUGGAAGGUGUUAUUAGGGAGAAGAGAUGGAUUAGCUGCUAAUUUUUCUGGAUCAAAUACUGCACUUCCAGCUCCAUUUGAUCCUCUCAAUACUAUCAUUUCGAAGUUUGAUGCUGUUGGAUUAAAUGUAACAGAUGUUGUGAGCCUAUCAGGUGCUCAUACAAUUGGAUUAGCAAAGUGUGCAACCUUUGACAACAGAUUAAGAAAUUUCAGUGGCACAGGUGCACCAGACCCAACCUUAGACACAACAUUAGUCAGUGAACUGCAAAAUUUGUGUCCAUUGACAAGUGAUGGAAAUAACACAGCUCCACUUGAUAGGAAUUCCACAGACUUAUUUGACAAUCAUUAUUUCAAGAAUUUAAUCAAUGGAAGAGGCCUUCUUGAAUCAGAUCAAGUCUUGUUCUCUAGUGAUGAUGCUAUACAAACAACUAAAACACUUGUUGAAACUUAUAGUAAUAGCUCUAAGUUUUUCUUUAGUGACUUUGUUAAUUCUAUGAUUAAGAUGGGAAAUAUUAGCCCUCUGGUUGGAUCAGAUGGUGAAAUCAGAAAGAACUGUAGGGUCGUUAAUUCGAAUAAUUAGUAGUAAACACCCCAUCAGACUGAGUGUUGGUUUGAUUAAGAAAAAAUAGUUAGUACGUAGUAUAAGUUGUACUAUGAUUUCUUGCUUGUGGGGAAAAUAUAAUAAUCUACUUUGUGAAAAAAUUGUACUCAUAAUUUUUUUCAA